AUGGUCAACCAAGUAGGUAAAUGUAAUGAUCAAUGCAAAUGUACAUUGUGCCAAACUGCAUGUUCAUGUGGAAAUAGUUCACAACCUUCAGCAUGCGGUGACAAGAAAUGUACAUGCAAAAGCAACUCAAAAUGCUGUGAUAAAGAUGAUUGUAUUGGUAAUAGGAAGGUAAAUUGUAGUUGUGAACAAAAAGAGACAGGUUGUUGUAAGAAAGUAUCGUGUAGCUGUAGUGAAAAGUUAUGUUCAUGUUCAGCUAAAUCAAAAGUCUGUUGCAGAAGUAAUGUCCCAAAAUGUGCUUGUAGAAUAGAAAUUUGUACCUCUCAAUGUUCAUGUACAAUUAAAAGUUGUCAUAAGAGCCAAGAAAUAUCAUGUAGUUCAAAGGAUGACUGUAUCUGCAAAAUAAACAUAUGUUGUAAUUGCUGUGAGGAUUCAGAUUUAUGCUUAAAUAGACAAAAAGGGUGUGCUAAUUCCAAAAAAUGUUGUGAUUGCUCCUCUGAAAAGGAUUGA